CUACGGGCGGACGGGGGUGAAAUCGACAUUGCAGAUUCUGUACCGCUGCUGCGGCUCCAAGACGAUAUCUCCUCCACUAUCACUGUCGCUGUCAAUGUCCCACUCGUUGUCGCUCUCAUCGCUGUCCCAGUCAUCGCCUCCCACUCCACUGCGCUGUCGCCUCAAACCAACACCAAGACCAUCGUCGGGCUGCCCUUCGCCGUCCCCCGCAACCUGCCCGCUGUCCGAAGCCUCUCUCUCGGCAUCCUCUGGGGUGCCCUGCUGCCCCUCUGCUUCGCUCCCAACUGAUUUCUCCUCGUCAGAUCCCUCCUCAUGCUCGGCCGUGCCCUUGUUGUUGUCAUCACUGGUGCUGUCGUCGUCCUCGUCGUCUUCAUCCUGAGGCUCCUCUUGCCCGUCCACCCCGUCCUCUGAACCGUCAGGUCCCUCGUGACGCAGAGCCUGCUGCUGGGCGUACAUGAGAUCAUCAUCGUAAAUAAAAUCGCGGUAGUCAGAGUUCCUGUUCUCGCUGUCAUCGAAAUCCCUCACUCGCUGCAGCUGCAGGCUGAUCCCUCGGUAGUUGAGCAUGUGUCCGAAUGUGCUGUAGAUGGCCAAACCGAGUGGCAUCUGUGGGAAGCCCGUCUUCUGUUGGAAGUCCCUCUUCCUGGCAAGCUGCUCGGCCAUCCAGUCAAUCGACAGCCGCAGCGGGAGUGCCUCCGUGAGCUUGUGAAUGGCUGCCAGACGAAUGAAGUCGGCCAUCUGCUGCCAAACCUUCCGUCCUUGCUCGAACACAUAGGCGCAUUUGCUGUAGUACUGAAAUGUCGGCCGAUGCACGUCGACGAGGCCGGUGAGGUGGUUGCCGUCGAGGGAGCCGUCGAUGCGUCUGAGCAUGAAGGCCUCGUUGAUGAGUUGUGUGCCGUAGUGGGUGUUCGUUGCCCGCGCCGGGCUAAUGGCCACGUCGACAGGGAGGUAGCCCACGACACCAUCGCUAUACAAGUCGUCCGGCAGCCGAUUGGCCGUCACGUCCACGGCAUCAUCACCAUCAGCAGCAGCUGUGGUGUCUGGCUGAGAUGGGGGAUGGGGCGGGUCGGGAAAGAUGUGGUGGGUGAUGGUGUCUACGGCAGCCGAGAGGGUCGACACGCUCGACUUGACGGAUGACCACUCAUGGGCAAUGACGAACGCCUGAAGCCAUCAUACAGACGACAGACAAGGCGGGAUGUGUUGAGCCGCCCCCCUGACUGUGUCUGUGUGACUCACCUGGUCGUCGGUAAUGGACGUCAUUAUCAACGGGUCGACGUCCGACACCUCAGUGGUCACCUGACACACACACACACACAGAGCAGACAGACCACGGCUGCAUCCCUCAGUGGGUCGAUGUCUGUGUGUCAUCCACCUGUUGAAUGAGUGAGUGUAUGGCCGCCAGCCGACCACACACAUCACCCGACCCAACACACACAGGGGGGGACGCCUGCACAGAGAACGACCAAAGGCACACUCAGUGAUACUCAGUGAUUCACACAGUGGCGCAAUGCAUUUGCCUCACCGAUGCUGCUUGACUGUGCCCCUGCUGGUGCUGCUCGUGGUGGUGAGCUGCAGCAUCACUCAUCCCACUGAUGCCUGUGCAAACACAUACAAUGCACACGGAUGUGUCUGUCAGUCAGGCUGUCAGCUGUGCUUGUGAGGUCUCACCGGCCGCAUCAGCGGGAUGGCUGUCGGUUUGCUGGCGCUUUGCAUCACCUCCAACAGACUCACUGGAGGAGGACAUUUCUGACGGAGACAUGAAUGGUGACACACACGGUGAGAGUCAGCCGAGCAUUUGUAGCACAUGCAGCCGUUCGUGUGCCUCACCACCGGACGGUUUUGCUUCAAGGCGAUAUUGUCACUGCCAAGCGCACACAGAUCUCACUGAUUCACGAAGACACCACGCAGUCUGCACGCGGCGGUGACGGAAGGGACCGGGCGCUUCAGCCUUCAGAAAGCACUUCACACAC